UUUCCCAAGAGCCGUCCGUCUUUCAUCCUUUCCACCAUGCCUCCUCUUACGAAGAAUACAGUUACCGAAAAGCUCUUCCAGUCACCGUCCAAGUACAUCCAAGGCCCUUCUGCUAUCAAGAAUGCACCGCUGUAUUUGGGAAGGCUGGGCAAGACAGCGCUGUUAAUUGCCGACGAGUUGGUAUACAAGAUUGCUGGAACAGCACUAACGACAGCAUUGGAGGAAGGAAAAAUGACAGUCUUAUAUGCUAGGUUCAACGGUGAAGCCUCGAUUCAGGAAAUUGCCCGAGUACAGGAUAUCGGUGCUCAUGGCAAGGCUGAAUUCGUUAUCGCUCUCGGAGGAGGCAAAACUAUCGACACUGCCAAAGCCGUCGCCGACAAACUGGGUGUUCCUUCUGCCGUCCUUCCGACGACAGCUUCUACCGAUGCACCCUGCUCAGCCCUCAGUGUCCUGUAUACCCCGAACGGAGAGUUUGAUCAGUAUUACUUCUUCCACGCAAAUCCCACUGUCGUGUUGGUGGAUACCUCUAUUGUCGCCAAUGCUCCUGCUCGCUUCUUGAGCGCGGGUAUGGGUGAUGCAUUGGCGACACAUGUCGAGGCGCGUGAGACGAGGAAUAGUACCAACUUUGGUGGUGGACUUCCUACACUCGUAUCAAGUGCCAUCACUUCCAAGUGCGAGGAGAUUCUCUUUAAAUAUGGCAAGUUGGCAUACGAGGCGAACAAGGUCGGCGCUAUUACCCCUGCGUUAGAGGCUGUUGUCGAAGCGAAUACGUUACUCUCUGGGCUCGGCUUUGAGAGUGGCGGUUUGGCUGCUGCCCAUGCUAUCCACAACGGUCUCACUGCGCUUGAAGGCACGCAUCAUCUCAUGCACGGCGAGAAAGUCAACUUUGGUACGAUCUGCCAGCUUAUCUUAUCCAACACGCCUCAGGAGGAGAUGGAUCGGUAUCUCGAGUUUAUGAUCUCUGUUGAUUUGCCUAUUACUCUGGAGCAACUUGGAGCCAAGGGCGCGACCGACGGACAACUGAAAAAGGUUGCAGAGCUUUCAUGCUCGGAAAACGAGACCAUUUGGAAUCUGGAUCGAGUGAUUAAUGUGGAUGUCGUCUUUCAUGCGAUCAAGGGUGCAGAUGCUACUGGGAGGAGUUUCUUGAAGAAGAAAGGGCUGUUGGCGUAGUGAAUGCAAUUUUUGUCUUUUCUUCAGUUGGUUGUAUGCAUAGGGUGUUUUGUUGUAUGUACAUGUAGGGCUGUCUGUAUCGUUAUGGGAUAUUUGUUGUAACAAGAACAGGAACAAGGGGUUGAUUGACGCUAUUCCAUU